CGGGAAUGUUAACGGGGACGUAGGUGCUUAUGUAUUCGUUAUGUCCAGCCGUUUUUAAUUCCAUAUUUUAUUUUUCCUAAUUUAUUCUUCUCCCUUUGUUUCAACGGGCAAGAAUUUGGUCUUCACAGAGAGACGUUUCGUUUCUCUGUUUGGCUCAAAAGGGCUUUGUUAUUUCUAUCUUGAUGAGCUCCAGUUCGACUCCCGCUUCUUCUCUGCAAGCAGAGAAAGAGAUGGUUGAAGCUAGAAUAGAGGAAUGUUGUCGUGAGAAUAAGCAAUUGACUGCUGCUUCAAGCUCUUCAGUAUCUGAAGGCAGUGGUAUUCUUAGGUCCCCGGCAAUAUCUAGCCCAGCCACAGCAUCACCAACACAUCGGAGGACAACUGGCCCAAUUAGGCGAGCUAAAGGUGGUUGGACUCCAGAGGAGGAUGAAACACUAAGAAAUGCUGUUGUAACUUUUAAGGGGAAGAGCUGGAAGAAAAUAGCUGAGUUUUUUCCUGAUAGAUCAGAGGUGCAGUGUUUACAUAGAUGGCAGAAGGUUCUAAAUCCAGACCUUGUAAAAGGACCUUGGACUCAAGAGGAGGAUGAUAAAAUCACUGAACUUGUAGCUAAAUAUGGGCCCACAAAAUGGUCUGUAAUAGCAAAGUCUUUGCCUGGUCGCAUAGGAAAACAAUGCCGAGAGAGGUGGCACAAUCAUUUGAAUCCUGGUAUAAAGAAGGAUGCUUGGACAUUAGAUGAGGAAUUAGCCCUAAUUAAUGCUCAUCAGAUAAAUGGAAACAAAUGGGCUGAAAUUGCAAAGGCGUUGCCUGGAAGGACUGACAAUGCGAUAAAGAACCAUUGGAAUAGUUCCUUGAAAAAGAAAUUAGAUUUCUAUUCUGCUACUAGGAAUACUCCAGCAGUUGCAAAGAAUGCUCUCAUGAAUGGCGCCACCAAAGCUGUGAAUAAUCAUUCAGGAAAAUUUCUUAGUUGUUCAAAUAGACAUUCAGAUUCAACUGCUCGAACUUCAUCAGAAACUACGGACACAUGUAAGUUUGAAGAUGACAAGGAUCAGUUGGAGUGCUCAGCACCAGUGAGAGAUGUUGUGGCUUUGUCAAGUGUUCUCAAUGAGUCUGUUGACUCUGAAUGUUUAGAAUGCAUGCCACAAUCCUCCAAGGUUGAUCAUAGCUACAAUAAUAUGGAGUCAGGACCAAGGUUUGAGAACUUCGGAAUUAACUGUGAUAUUGAUGGUAGCAAAGCUAAUGCGUCACCAUUGCAGUUUCAAAAUCAUACCUAUGGUUCUUUGUAUUAUGAGCCACCACGAUAUGAAAAUAGUUGUGUACAAGAUUCAAGUCUUUUAAAUACGCAUCAUGUGCAGCAUGAGUACUACUCUAAUCCAAUGACGUCACCUAUUAGUUUCUUCACUCCACCUUGUGUGAAGAGUGGUGGUGCAAGUGCACAAAGUCCUGAAUAUAUAUUGAAACUUGCUGCUAAGAACUUCCCAAAUACUCCUUCAAUAUUUCGAAAGAGAAAGACUGCAUCCCAAGGAAAUCUGCUCCCUGAUAAAGUUAAUGACAGUGUUCAUGUAUUGAAUGAACGCGGAAGAAGCUGUAACAGUUCGGAACAGACUAGAUCUCAAGAUGGAAGUUUGUGUGGGAGUCCCAUUUGUAAUGGUAACAUCACAAUUGGGUCCAAUACUGAGGCUUUUACUGCAUCUCCUCCAUAUCGGUUAAGAUCUAAACGGACUGCUAUUUUCAAGUCUGUGGAGAGACAACUCAAGUUCACUUUUGACAAAGAGAAGUGUGAUGAUAAUACCAAAGCCAACGGACUAUCUGUGAACGGGACAUCUCCAUCUGAAGAUGGUUCAAAUGCACUAAAGAUCGAGGUGACCAAGGUGUAAAAGGUCAUUUAAGAUAGACGACGCCGGAGGUUCCCUCCAAAGUUCGGCACUGCAGAUUAGUUCACGGAGAUUAGAUCUCCCAUAUCAUUAGAGUAGUAUUACUAGCCGUUUCAAGCGGUAUGUCAAUUAUUUAACUUAUAUUCCAGACUUCUCAUAUGCUUUCACUAGUUAUCAGAGGAACUUUGUUUUUGUCCUGUGGGGGGGGGGGGGGGGGGGGUUUGGUUGUAAGUUAAGAGUAAGAAAAGAGAUGAAAUUGUACAGGAAGAAACGAUGCCCAAAACAAUUUGUAACUCAGAAGUGUAAUUGAUAUUCAAAUAGAAUAAAAUCCUUUUCUGUUAUGCCUAGAA